AUGACGACGGUUAAUCUGAGAGUUAGACAAGCUGUUCCAAAUAUCGAUUCAGUGGUUUCUGACUAUGCUGUUGGGUAUAUUCAGCAUGUUUCAGAUGCCACCGAGGACAGUGUACGUGCUCAAAGAAUAAACAUUGCCCAGGAAAUGUCCUUUUUAGCAAAUUUGUUGAUUCUGGCUGGUGGGUCUAACGAUAAGGUCAAAGGCUUAACCGAUCUGAUAGCUCAAGAGUUAACCAGCAAGCUUCAAAAAAAUAUUGAGAAAUUGGCUCUUACAGGUGAUACAUCAAAGAGACUAUUGGAUAUAAAUGUUCUACAGAAUAAUAGUAAAAGAGAUAUAAACUCUUCAUUAGCUUUGUUGUCAGCUAGUAACAACAUUGAGCAUACAGGUAGAGUCAUGGAAACACGAGUCGACAAGAAGAAAUUGGAAAAACAAGAAAGGAAAAUCGCAAAGAAGGUGGCUAAACGUAACAACAAGUUUGUCAAAUAUGAAGCAUCGAAAUUGUUAAAUGAAAAGCAAAAGGAAGAUUAUGAUUCAUUUUUCCUUGAAAUCAACCCCUUGGAUUUUGGUUCAAGUGCUGGAAAAUCAAAAGAUAUCAAGAUUGAUAAUUUCGAUCUAUAUGUUGGUGAUGGUCAAAGAAUCUUAAGCGAGGCAUCGCUAACUUUGGCUUAUGGUAGAAGAUAUGGUCUUGUUGGUCAAAAUGGUAUAGGUAAAUCCACAUUAUUGAGAGCUCUUUCAAGAAGAGAAUUGAACAUCCCAAAACACAUUACCAUUUUACAUGUUGAACAAGAAAUUCGAGGUGAUGAUACACCAGCUCUACAAAGUGUUCUUGAUGCUGACGUUUGGAGAAAAAGUCUAUUACAAGAAGAACAAAAAAUAAAUGACCGUAUUACUGAGAUUGAAAACUUGAGAAAAGAAUUUGAUGAAGAUUCGUUAGAGGUGAGGAAAUUGGAUAAUGAAAGAGACGAUUUAGAAAACCAUUUACAAGAAAUUGGCGAUAAACUAAACGAAAUGGAAUCAGACAAAGCUGAAAGUAAAGCUGCUGCUAUAUUGUACGGUUUAGGAUUUACCAAGGAAACCCAAAAUACCGCAACAAAAUUAUUUUCAGGUGGUUGGAGAAUGAGAUUAUCUUUAGCUAGAGCGUUAUUCUGUCAGCCUGAUCUUUUGUUACUAGAUGAACCGUCGAAUAUGUUGGAUGUUCCAUCAAUAACAUUUUUGGCUAAUUAUUUACAAAGUUAUAAAUCAACAGUCUUGGUGGUAUCGCACGAUCGUGCAUUCCUUAAUGAAGUUGCAACUGAUAUCAUACAUCAACACUCGGAAAGAUUGGAUUAUUAUCGAGGUUCCAAUUUCGAUUCCUUUUAUGCUACGCGUGAAGAAAGGAUCAAGAACCAACGUAGAGAGUAUGAAAGUCAAAUGGCAUAUAGACAGCACUUGCAAGAGUUUAUUGAUAAGUUUAGAUACAAUGCUGCAAGAGCACAAGAAGCACAAUCUCGUAUUAAAAAAUUGGAAAAGCUUCCUAUUUUGGAGCCACCUGAAGAUGACAAAGUAGUCACUUUUAAAUUUGCAAAUCCAGAUGGUAUAUCACCGCCAAUUUUGCAAUUGCAAGAUGUGACAUUUGGUUAUGAUCCAAAUAAGAUUUUGUUUAAAGAUGUUAAUCUCGACGUUCAAAUGGACUCAAGAAUAGCGUUUUGUGGUGGUAAUGGUACUGGUAAAACCACGCUUCUUAAACUUAUAAUGGGCCACAUUUCUCCCUUGAGCGGAUAUGUUAACAAAAAUGGUAGAUUACGAAUUGGGUAUUUUGCACAACAUCAUGUUGAUGCCAUGGAUUUGUCACUUUCGGCAGUAUCAUGGAUGAGUAGUACAUUCCCGGGGAAAACAGAUGAAGAGUUUCGACGUCAUUUGGGAUCUUUUGGUAUUACUGGUGCAUUAGGUUUACAGAAAAUGGCACUUUUAUCGGGAGGUCAGAAAUCAAGAGUAGCAUUUGCUGCUUUAUGUAUGAAUCAACCUCAUAUUCUCAUAUUGGAUGAACCUUCAAAUCACUUGGAUACCCAGGGUUUGGAUGCAUUAGCCGAGGCAAUGAACAAUUUCCAAGGUGGUAUUUUGAUGGUGUCACACGAUGUUUCAAUAAUUGAUAGAGUAUGUAAUGAGAUUUGGGUCGCGGAAAAUGAUACAGUUUCUAAAUUCCCAGGCAACAUUCACGCUUACAAAAAACAUAUUUUGGAAUCGGCCAACAUUGCCGGUGUUGUUAAAAGGCAUUAA